CUCUUCCUUACCUGCUCCUCCGCAUACAGCGAGUCCACUGCAAGAUGGGUAUGCAGGAAACCAACCCCAUGGAUACCGUUAUCCGCGACGAACGGGACAACGCCUACCCUCUAGAGCUCUGGUGGUCCAUCUCGAUCGUCAUGGGCGUUGUCGGGGCCUUCAACUGGGGCUCGUACGUUCACUCGAGACUCAACCGCUUGAGGGGCGCUUCCCCCGCCGAUGCUGAGAACGGUGCCUCUCCGUCACGCAAGGUCUCUUCGUGGCGUAGAGUUCCCGUUGCCGCCGUGAACGCCUUCCGAGUUGUAUCGUUCCGAUGGACGUUGAACGUAGGGAGCUGGUGUUCGCUCAGCUUGGCCGAGUUCUUCAUAGGCGCUGGAUAUAUAGCGAUGUUGAUUACGUUUGCUUUCAUCAAUACAACCAACUUGGAAAGUCAAAAGUUUGAUGUGCACUACUGGGCCCAUCGCUGCGGGCAUCUUGCUGCUUGUCAAGUCCCGUUUCUCGCGGCUUUGGGAGCGAAGAAUAACCUUGUCAGCUUGGUCACCGGCGUCAGCUAUGAAAGGCUCAACUUCGUCCAUCGAGUCCUUGCUCGCGGUGUUCUGAUGCUACUCCUUAUACAUGCCGGAGGCGAAACGCACGUCCACGUAAACGCAGGCCUUUUCCCGAUAUACAUCCAAGAAGCAUGGCUGCGGCUCGGCAUUACCGCGGUGUCCAGCUUGUUUCUCUUGUUUCUUAUCUCUCUCCGGCCGAUUCGCUCGAGGUUUUAUGAGUUCUUCUUCUUCUCGCACCUUGUCUUGGCUUUCAUCUUCAUUAUUGGAGCAUAUUUCCACACCAAGGCACAAGUGGGUGACUUCUGGCUCUGGCCGGCCUUUGUGUUCUGGGGACUAGACCGCCUCAUCCGCUUCGUCCGGCUCGUCGUCUUCAACCACUCGUACUUCGGGCUCAAGACCGGCACCGGCACUAUGGACGCGUCCACGGAGCUGAUGGCCGACAACCUCGUCCGCAUCCGGAUGAAGCGCCCUCCGCACUUCCACUGGUCAGCAGGCCAAACUGCGUUCCUUAUCAUGCCGGCUGUCUCGACGCUGCCUUUUGAAGCGCAUCCAUUCACCAUUGCGAGCAUCGAUUCGAGCUUGUUUGCGCCAGAGCAAUUUGGUGAGGAAGAUGCGUCAGUGGCGCCGCUAUGGAAGGAGUUGGUCUUCCUCGUCAACGUCCAUGGCGGCUUCACGAAGCGGCUGAAGGAGACAGCCACCGCCAAAGGAGAGGUGAAGGUCUUUGUUGAUGGACCGUACGGGCCUUCUCCGGAACUGGGCUGCUACAAUACCUGUAUUCUGGUCGCUGGUGGUUCUGGGGUCUCGUACACACUUCCAGUUCUGCUAAACAUCAUCGAGGCCGCCAGAAACAACGUCAGUCAGUGCACGCGAGUGUUGUUCUUCUGGUCUGUCCGUGAUGCCAGUCACAUAUUUUGGAUCGAACAGGCCCUGGUCAAAGCGAUUCAGCUCGCCCCGCCCUCACUGUCGAUCUCGAUCCGCAUUCACGUCACAGGCUCAACUUCGCAACCAUUGGGCCCAUCUCCCGACGGCUCUCUAGAGAAGGUCACCGGUGAUGAUGCUUCAGAGCGCACUUCCAAGGGGAAAUCCUCCUUCCUUACGCUCAGUGCGGUCCGCGUUGAGAAUGGGCGUGCAGACAUCAACGAACUUCUUAAUGAAGAAGUUGCGUCUGCCAGUGGGAGGAUGUCUGUCAGUGUUUGCGGCUCUCAGAGCAUUUCUCGUGCUGUUCGCAGUUCGCUUUGUUUGAGUCCAUCCGGUGUUCUGAGCGGCGGGCCAAGCAUUGUUUUACAUGUCGAGUCCUUUGGCUAUGCCUGAUCAUCGGUCGCAUGUUCAUGUUGACCACGUGCCUUUCACGCGUUAAAAGAAUGUAGCUAGCAGUAGCAUUAGUCGAGUGUGUAUAUUAUGUCCAUAUGAAGCAUCCCG